AUGGCUUUCCUUAUGAAAACUAUGAUAAGUAACCAGGUAAAGAAUUUAGGACUUGGUGGCGGGUCUGAAGAAAAAAAAGAAGAAGGAGGUACAUCUGAUCCUGCAGCCGCUCAGGGGAUGACUAGGGAGGAAUACGAGGAGUACCAAAAGCAAGUGAUCGAGGAGAAGAUGGAAAGAGAUGCUGCAUUUACACAAAAAAAGGCUGAGAGGGCGUGCCUCAGAGUUCACCUCAGAGAAAAGUACAGACUCCCAAAGAGUGAAAUGGAUGAGAACCAAAUCCAGAUCGCUGGAGAUGAUGUGGAUUUGCCCGAAGAUCUCCGGAAAAUGGUAGAUGAAGAUCAAGAAGAGGAAGAAGAUAAGGAUUCUAUUCUUGGGCAGUUACAGAAUCUUCAGAACAUGGACUUGGAUACCAUAAAAGAAAAAGCCCAGGCCACCUUUACGGAAAUCAAGCAGACAGCAGAGCAGAAAUGUUCUGUGAUGUGA